AUUGAAUCAAAUUUAAAAGACUCGGAUCCCUUGAUUUGGCAUAAGAAGUGGAAACCAAUAGGUUUGUAUACGUCUCCUACAAUUCCCCAGACUUACACUAUCGUUAUUCACAUAUUAUAAAUAACAAAUAAAAGAAAAUGGCUGUGAGUGGAGCUGGUACUUGCAAGCUGGAGACUCUGGAGGCUGAGGUAGAGAUCAAAGCCAACGCUGAUCAGCUGUACAAAUUCAUCAGCUACCAGCACCAUGACGUCCCCAAAGCAGCCUCUGAUAAAAUACACGAUGUUACGGUACAUGAAGGUGACUGGGUAACUUCUGGCUCUGUCAAGCUCUGGAAAUACACCAUAGAUGGAAAUGUCGAGACUUACAAGGAAAAGGCGGAAAUAGAUGAAGCAAACAAUCGGGUGAGUCUUAUAGCUUUGGAAGGAUCACAUGUGCUGGACAAUUACAAAAGCUUCAAGGUCACUUACCAGAUCAUCACUCCAAAUAGUGAAGGAAGUUCUGUGAAAAUUACUUUAGAAUAUGAAAAACUCAACGAGAACGAUCCGCCUCCACAGAAGUUCCUCAGCUUUGCGGUCACUGUCAUUAAAGAUGUUGAUGCACAUCUUCUCAAGGAAUAAGCGCCAAGCACAAGAUUUAUGCAUACAUAUACGAUAUGGAACAUUGAGUAAUAUUACUAUCUUCAAGAAUAAAGGCCUGAGAGUUGAGCAAGCUAGUUAGCACUGUUGCUUAUUUCGGUUUCCGAUUUGGUUUGUCUUUAAUUCUCUGAGAAAUAAUGAAUUGAGUGUGAUAUCAUUAUAAUGCUGAUGUUUUAAACAAGUUCAAUCUAUUGGCAUGCUUAUAUUUU